AUGGCGCCUACGGACAGCCAAUCGGAUUGCGGCGAGGUCAUUCGGCCUCGCAAUAUUUCAGCAGAAUAAAAUAAUCAAUUGUCUACAUUAUUGAGAUUAUUUAGGUGAAUGUAUGCGAUGGUGUUAAAAUACAGUAGUUUAUGGCCAAUAUAAAAAUGAUAAAAAGUGUUGAUGUGGCAUGACCAUAUUGAACAAUACUAGUAAAGUUGUCACUAGUGAAAUUAUAUUUGUAGCAUAUUGGAGGUUAUAAUUAUAAUUUUUUUCAUAUCAUUUUUCAAUGAUGUCACACGAGGCUAUUAUCAAUUUUCUAACAUUGAAUUGUUGGGGUAUUCCGUAUAUUUCAAAAAAUAGAAAAAUUCGUAUGGAAGCAAUCGCCGAAAAGCUUUCUACUGAAGAAUAUGAUAUAAUAUCGUUACAAGAAGUUUGGUCUAUUGAUGAUUUUAAAAUGAUUAGAACUAAAGUACAAGAAAAACUUCCGUAUUCGCAUUAUUUCCAUAGCGGUGUUCUAGGAUCUGGGGUUUGUAUCUUCUCUAAAUAUUGUAUUGAAGAUGUAAUGUUUCAUAGGUGGCCUUUAAACGGCUAUUUUCACAAAAUACAUCAUGGUGAUUGGUUUGGUGGUAAAGGUGUUGGCCUUUGUAAAAUAAAAAUUGAAGAUAUCAAUGUCAAUAUUUAUGCUGCACACUUACAUGCAGAAUAUAAUAAAGAACACGAUGAGUACGCAUCGCAUAGAGUUUUGCAAGCAUUUGAUACAGCACAAUUUAUUAGAAUGACAAGCGGUGGCUCAGAUGCUGUGAUAUUAGGUGGUGAUCUUAAUGCCGAGCCACAAGAUUUAGCUUAUAGAAUUAUAUGCGGCGUUGCUGGAUUAGUAGAUGCUUGCUCAAAUAACUUCAGUAAUAUUGGGACCAAUGAAUGUGCCAAAAAUAGCUAUACAAGCACAAGAGUUGCAAGAAACUAUCCGGAAGGGAAACGCAUAGACCAUAUUUUAUACUUAUGUUCGCCAAAUUUUAAGAUUAACGUAACAAAUUAUCAACAACCUUUUCCUGAAAGAGUACCUAAUAAAAAUUGUAGUUAUUCAGAUCACGAGGCUAUUAUGGCAAGUUUGAAAUUAACUAAUGGCAUAUAUAAAAUUGAUAAUAUUGACAUAAGAGAAUCUUUACAAGAAGCAAUUAGAAUAUGUGAAUCUGCCAUGAUAUCUGUACGUUAUCAGUGUUUCUGGUAUUUGCUAGCUGUUUUUUUACUUAUUAUACCAAUAAUUUGGUCAAUGGGACUAGAUUCUACUACUACAUCCAUAGGUAUAUGUAUAGGUCUUAAUAUAGGCCGCUUAUUUUUGACUGCAUUACUGUGUUAUGCUUUGUUUAUGAGUAUUAUAUGGAAUAGAGUAGAAAGGAAUGCUUUGAAAGCAGGUUGUUUAGCAAUGAAGAUUCAUUUAAUACAAUUAACCAAUAGAUUGUCUAACUAAAUGCAUUUGCAUACAUAUAAAUGCGUUUGCAAUUAUAUCUUAAUACUUUUACUAAUUCAAAGGCUGUACUAAUGAUAUAAUCAAAGAAAAAUUAAUAUUAAUAUAAAAUAUAUUUUAUACAAGUACACCAUUCAAUCAUCUUUGACAAUAAAUGAAAGUGUACAUUUCUAAAAUUGCAAAUCUUACAUUAAUAUGAUAACUGUCACUUUCAUUAGACUAUUCGAUAAUAUAUCUUAUUUUUUUUAGACAUAUUUGCCAUAUCGUUGCAUUUUAUUGAUUUCAUUCAUGUAUACCUGUUUGUAUAUAUAAGAAAUAUCUUAUAUAUAAAUAUGUAUAAGAAAAUCUACUACAUGAUUAUUAAAUCAUCACAUAUAACAACUUUAACUUGACUACAUUCAUCUGUCUUUGCUCUAUUUCACGUCAUAAUAAUCUUAUAAAUCUGGAUAUAUUAUCUGAUGGGCAAUGUAUCAAUUAAGAAUAAAUUUUUGAUAUAUAUUUAUUUCAAUUAAAAAAAUUUGUAUCUUUCAUCAUAUUGUAUAAAUGCAUUAACAUUUACAAAUUUAGUAUUCAUAUGAUUAUAGGAUAUAAGAAAGUUUUAAUAAAUAUAUAAAUAAUAGUUAUAUUAGGUAGUCGGCGAUCUAGUAAUAAAGACCCUUAUAAAAAAAUAAACAUGUUUUUAUAUUUAUAUUUAUAUAUAUUUUGUCUCUUUGACAAUCAUUUAUAGUACUUAUUGAUAAUACAUUAUGAUAUUUCAUUUGAUGUACAUGAUAAAUAUUAUGAUUCGUAAAAGCAUAAUAGAAUAACAAUUACAACUUAUAUUUGUUUACUUCAUAUCACAUUAUGAUUAUUGCUAUAUACUAUGUUGUAUAUUAUAUAAUACAGCAAUUCAAAUAAUCUUGAGAAAAAAAGACUAUUGUUUCAAGAAAUUUCUAAAAAUGUGUGUGUGUGUGUGUGUGUGUGUGUGUGUGGGCGCCCGCGAACGUGUACAGGGUGUCCCAAAACUCAUAAUUGAUCUUUAAGAAAAUCAAAAAAGAUAAAAUUUGGGAAUGAUAGUAAUUUUGUCACCUUUCUAUUCGGUUAUUCUUCAAUGAUAGUAAGUUAUUUAACAAUUAAGUCGACCAAUCCUAUGCGCGCUACAACACAGCAUUAUUUGAUUAAAUUGAUCGAACAAGGAGUAUACGAAGUAAAAUCAAAGUACACGAUUCAUUGUUGCCUUCGAGAUGCUGAUAGCUCUUGCGAAUUUCUAACAGCUCGUUGUCCACCACUCGAGCCAGCAUAUCUUCCUCUAUUCUCAGAUUAUUAAUACUUCGGGACUUUACCUCCAAUACCUUAUAGCUAUUAGGCAAUUUUCAGUUGGCAUAUAAAUAUCUAAUCGCGUAAAUGCCUGUAGAUAUGGGCAACGACGAUUCGGAUACCGUAAUGCAUUAUCUUUACCGUAGUGCAUAAUUAGGUAAAUAAUGACCGAAGAAAAAAGUGACAAAAGAAACUUCUUCUAUCUCUAAAUUUUUCCCUUUCAAUCUCUUAAAGAUUAAUUAUCAGUUUUGGGAUAGCCUAUAUAUAUAUAUAUAUGUAUGUAUUGGUGCAAUAUCUUCAGUAAAAAUUUACUUAUAUAUAUUAGAUAUAUUAUUAAUUCUAUUAUAGAUUCGUGUAUGCAUUAUAUUUUCUAUAUGUAACUUUAUAUACAGCAUAAUUACUUGGAGAGAUAGAGAGAGAGAGAGAGAGAGAGAGAGAGAGAGAAAAGUUUUU